UCUAUGAAGAGGGUAGCACCUGCCUUAGCAACGAGUUAAACAACACAAACUUUAUUUUAUUGUGUUUGAAUUGUAAGCUCUUUUAGCUGUCAAGGUGCUGGAAUAAUUUUUUCUUAUUUUGGAAACAUGGGGCUAUUGUCAAUUUUACGUAAAUUACGACCAAACCAAGAUAAGGAGUUACGGCUUUUGCUACUUGGUCUUGACAAUGCCGGUAAAACAACGAUAUUAAAAUCAUUAGCUAGUGAAGACAUUACUCAAGUUACGCCUACUCAAGGUUUCAAUAUAAAAAGUGUACAAAGUGAAGGUUUCAAACUCAAUGUGUGGGAUAUUGGUGGAGCACGAAAAAUACGACCUUACUGGCGAAAUUAUUUUGAAAAUACUGAUAUUCUAAUUUACGUAGUAGAUAGUGCAGAUAUUAAAAGACUGGAUGAAACAGGACAAGAACUUUCAGAGCUUCUGCUGGAAGAAAAAUUACGUGGAAUUCCACUAUUAGUAUACGCAAAUAAACAAGAUCUUGGACAAGCUGUUACAGCAGCUGAAAUCGCCGAGGGAUUAGGACUUCAUAAUAUUAAAGACCGUGACUGGCAAAUACAGUCAUGUAUUGCAACAGAAAGCAAAGGUGUUAAGCGCAAUAUUCCAUUCCUUGCUUUGAUCUACAUAUGCGUGUGCUGAAUAAUUAAAUGCGCAUGUGCAGUCUAGAGAUUUUGGUCGUAGCUAAAA